GGCCCGCAGCCCCGCCAUCGACUCCCCGCGCGCAGGCCCGCGGGGAGGGGCGGCCUGCCGCAGGGCCCACCCCGGGGCGUUACUGAAGGGCGCCCUCGGCCGCCCCCACCGCCCCCCAGAUGUACUAUGCGCUUUCCCAGGCGCGCGUGAACGCGGCCCCCGCGACCAUGCUGCGGCCACAGCGGCCCGGAGACGUGCAGCUCGGGGCCUCCCUGUACGAGCUGGUGGGCUACCGGCAGCCGCCUUCCUCCUCCUCCUCCUCCUCCUCUUCCACGUCCUCCUCCUCCACGACGGCCCCCGUCCUCCCCAAGGCGGCGCGCGAGAAGCCGGAGGCGCCGGCCGAGCAGCUGGGUAGCGGAACGGGGCCCGGCGCGCACGCGGGCGGCGGCUCCCGGGCGGACGCCAAAGAGGAGCAGCAACAGCAGCUGCGGCGCAAGAUCAACAGCCGCGAGCGGAAGCGCAUGCAGGACCUGAACCUGGCCAUGGACGCGCUGCGCGAGGUCAUCCUGCCCUACUCGGCGGCGCACUGCCAGGGCGCGCCUGGCCGCAAGCUUUCCAAGAUCGCCACGCUGCUGCUCGCCCGCAACUAUAUCCUGCUGCUGGGUAGCUCGCUGCAGGAGCUGCGCCGCGCGCUGGGCGAGGGCGCCGGGCCCGCGGCGCCGCGCCUGCUCUGUCAAUCCAAAAGCCUGUUCGCUGUUCCCUUUCAGUGUGGAGAAAUGCUGAUGUUCUGGGGCUUCCACAGCAAGAAGGCAGCCAGCUGGCUUCGCCUGCUUACAGCCGAGAUGAGACCCCCCCAGCUCCAUCCCGGGAGCGUAGACGCUGCAUGCGGUUCUAGAGCUUCUGCCAUGGCUGUGCCCCGAGAGCCGGAUGUCUCCGCUGACCUCCCAACCAGAGGCGCCCUGUGCACAUUCAGCUUCCUGGUGUCUGCCAGCCCCAAACCAAAGCCCGAGUGGGACAUCUGA